AUGUUCCAGGCAAUCCCCCUGUCUCAGUCCGAAUUCAGAAGCUCGACAUGGCCAAUUUCUGCACAAGGUCUUCAUUUCACCGAUAUUGCAAAGAGUACAAGAUCUGAAAAAGACGACACCCAGCACGAAAGUACGCCAGCUCAUCAGGAGGAGGAUGCUCAUACAUCUCAGUCAAGCUCUACACUGCGUUUUGAGCCGAUCGAGCCUCCAGAUGGUUACACUCCUCUGACUUUUCUACCAGUGCUGCUGCAGGGCUGGGCGCUUUGGAGCCUUGUGUCAUUUUACACUGUUAUCUCCGCACUCCUUGCUUAUUUGUUCUAUCGUUCAAUGCUUGACUAUCGCUGGACAGUCCAUGAUGUCGAUUACUACCUUACGGCACGCUAUCUGCCGACAAUCGUGGGCCUUGUUUCGUCCGCUUUGUUCCACAGCACUAUGUCGAAUCUACGCAGAAUUCUCCCAUUCAUUUGCAUGGCAGACCAACAUCCGAAACGAAUCAAAAAUCGCAACUCCCAGAUUGUAGCCACUGUUUCUUUACGCCUGUUUCCAACACUGUUACGCUACUUGAACUUGUUUGGAACACGCGCGAUGUUGCUAAACAUAGGGCUCAAGAGCUUGCUGUUCUCUGUCCAGGAAACCGAUGAUCAUAUUUGGGUGGUCUCGGUUAGGGUUGUACCCGCAAUGUAUUUGAGCAUCAACUAUCUAGCCAUAGCCCUGAUAACUGCCUAUGUUGCUCUCAAAUAUGGCAACUGCAGCACAGGCCUAAAGAAAGAUUGGGACCCGACUUCCCUAGCCGACAUCAUGCUUUUGUUCUCAACCGAGUACACUAAGCCAAAGCUAGAUUUUCCUUUGGACCGCAAAUCCUGGUAUAAAACGAUGAAGAAGUCUGGCGUAACUUACAGACUUGGCUACUGGAAGGUUCACUGUCUAGCGACUCCGCAACCAGAUAUUGUCUAUGGAAUCAGGUCCCUUGAUGACACCCUGGAGCCAUCUGAAGCAUGUGCGUACCUGAAUCAAUUCAACGAGUUCUUCAAUCAGCAGGGAUCCCUGGAGCCGUACUGUCGCCACCUCGUCGAUCGAGUCUCUGUGAAGAGUUCAGAACUUGCAAAAAGGCCACGCUCGGGUGCGCAUGAACUUCUUCCGACCCGUUGUUGCGCAGAGACACCGGGUUGUUCACACUACCCGUAUCGCAAAGCUCCAGGAAUUCCAUCCAAAGUUUUUGCCAGCCUUGCAAUUCUAUAUCUCAUUGUUCUCUGUGUAUGUCUUGUUUUCGCUCUGAUCCGGAUCUGGACAUCUGAGGGUGUAGUACUUCAACUCCCUAGGUUGCUGGUACUAUCGACCAACAUCGCCGUUUCGAUAAAUAGUACAAGCCUCACAUCGACCGGAGAUCAAUGGCCCACUGCUCCUUCUCAGACUGAUUCGAGCCUAGUGAUAACCCUGGUACCGAUUUUGAUCUGCAGGUUCUUACCAGUCAUGACUAUGAAUCUUGCUAACUUCCUGAUCGCGGACUUGGACACGCAUCAUAGAUGGUCGCAACCCUUCGCGUGUAUGUAUGCAGAACCUAGCUUUGCCUCUCAAUCGAUUCUACUGGACUAUAUGACUGUGUCCCCACUCCAAGUCUUGUCUCAGGCCUGGGCCAAUGGACAUUUUAAAGUCGUUUACUCUGGCAUAUUAAACGCUCUCAGUUGGAUACCAACACUGAUUGCCACUGGAUCUUGCUCGUUUAUAUUAACCGAUAUUGCUGUUGUUCGACUAUCCCCAACUCUGGCGGUCAUCGGAAUUUUCUGGGCACUUCUGUAUAUCCAUGCAAUAAGUUCCUACUGGGCUCCUCCUGAACGAAAGCUACCUAGGGAUAUCGGUAGUCUCUACGCCAUCUUUUGUUUUAUUUAUGACAGCAAAUUUCGCUGGUAUUCAGAGUUCUGUCAUGCAACAUUCAGUCCAAAUCUUACGAAGGAUGAACUAUACUCCCUUAUCCGUCUUUCGAGUGACAAGUAUCGCUUUGGUAUGGUUGGUGAGCUGGGUGAGGAACAUCCUGGCUUCGAUGUCGCAGAGACUUCUGACGGCGCCGACACGGGCUAUGUACGCUGGAUCAAGCCACAUCCUGGCUUUUUCGCCCGUGUCAAAUCCAGAUUCCAGAGGCGCAAGAGCAAAAUGGAAAGAGGUGAUGAUGUUUUCGAUCCUGAAGGCAUUCCAUUGAACUACCUCAAUGCUUCCACCUCGACCUCCCACCAAAGACGUUUGAGCGCAGAAGAUCCGUACCCACAAGGUCAUUCUACUGCAUUCGAGUCGGAGUCGAUUCAGUCGUUCCGGGUGAUGGCGGAUCUUUGA